CCUUACAGUCUUCCUCGAUUUGAUCGUUUCAUCCCUCUAUUGUUGUAUUAUUAUUAUUUAUCGGUUUCCUUUUUGUAAUAUAUGGAGUAAACGAUAAGAUAACAAAUUAUAAACGUCUAAUCUCCCUCACUUAUCUGUUUUUUUCUCUUUGUAGUUUGCCAGUAAAAUGGCAGUGCAUCAGUUAGCGGUGCAAGAAAAGAGGGGAGAGUUUUCAUCGGGAAGGUAAAGCUUUGCAUAUCCCCAGCCACAGGCAGUCAGCCACCAGUACUGCCUCAAACACACCCCCACUAUAUCUCCCACACCUGCUUAAUAGUAGAGCCAUGAGAUUUGAAGUUCUUUCAAUGCCUUGCUUUCUUUCUGCAUAGCCGCGUGCGUUCUGCAAACACACCAAACCCCCUUCCCCUUCCUUUUUUCUGUCUUUCUUUUCUUCCAAACAAGUGCAAAAGAAGCUCGAGAGACAGAGAGGAUUUUGUAAUAGAAAGUGAGAAUUAAUGCUCUCUGCUAAUGACUAGGAAGAUCAACAAACAAACUCCCAUUUUCCAAAGGAAAUCUGAGCAGGCUUUGCCAGGUUAGCCCCAGAGAGUAAAAUCCCACAUUUUUCUCAAACUCCACUACCUCCUGCUGCUGCUGCUAUCACUAUUUAGGAGUUCCUAUGAAAAGCCUGUUGUUUGUAGCAUAAAUCUCGGGAGAGUUGUAGAGAUAUUAACAAUCUUUAGGGCAAAAAAAUAGAUUGCGUAGGAAAGAGAAGAGAGAGAAAAUGGGUUGUGUUGUUAUAUAGCAAAGCCCUUGAGGGAACAAACUAGAGGGGGAAACGAAAAGAAAGAUAAGAUAGUGAGAGAUAAUGGAAGGUGGUUCCAAUAGCACUUCUUGCAUGAUGGCUUUUGGACACAAUAGUAAUGGACUGUGUCCUAUGACGAUGAUGCAUCAUCCCAUGACUUCUCAUCUUCAUCCUCAACAUCAACAUCAUCAUCCUAAUUCUGGCUCAAGCUCCUUAUUUCUUCCCCAACCUCCCACCAACAAUCAAGAUCAGAACCACAAUAGCAGCAGUGGUUCCUCUAUGAUUCUAGACGAUCAACACAACACCACCACCAGCAACAACAACAAUACCGGAUGUUAUUUCAUGGAGAGCAACGAUGGAAGCUCUUCUGUCAAGGCUAAGAUUAUGGCUCAUCCUCACUACCACCGUCUCUUAGCGGCCUAUGUUAAUUGUCAAAAGGUAGGAGCGCCACCUGAAGUGGUGGCUAGUUUAGAGGAAGCAUGCGCAUCUGCCGCCACUACGGGUCCUACUAGGACCGGCUGCAUAGGCGAGGACCCUGCACUAGAUCAGUUCAUGGAAGCUUAUUGUGAGAUGCUGACUAAAUACGAGCAAGAACUCACUAAACCCUUCAAGGAAGCCAUGCUUUUCCUCCAAAGGGUCGAGUGUCAGUUCAAAGCCCUCACCGUUUCCUCUCCAAAUCCUGCUUGUGGAGAGGGUGUCGACAGGAAUGCAUCAUCCGAGGAAGACGUCGAUGUGAACAACAAUUUCAUUGAUCCCCUUGCAGAAGAUCGAGAACUUAAAGGUCAGCUUCUGCGGAAGUACAGUGGAUAUUUAGGCAGUCUGAAGCAGGAGUUUAUGAAGAAGAGGAAGAAAGGGAAGUUGCCUAAGGAAGCCAGGCAACAGUUGCUGGAUUGGUGGAGUCGACAUUACAAAUGGCCUUACCCGUCGGAGUCGCAAAAGCUUGCCUUGGCAGAGUCAACUGGUCUGGAUCAGAAGCAGAUAAACAACUGGUUCAUUAAUCAAAGGAAAAGGCACUGGAAGCCAUCUGAAGAUAUGCAGUUUGUGGUAAUGGAUGCUGCCCAUCCACACUAUUAUAUGGACAAUGUUUUGGGCAAUCCCUUCCCUAUGGAUCUCUCUCCAACGCUUCUCUAAAGAAAAAAAUGUUGCCUUCGAGCUUCCAGGCUCCAGCCUUCCACCUCAACAGCUUUGAUUUAUUUUAUUAGUGGAUUUUGAGUUAUUCUUUCUUCAUCGUCAUUUAUUUUCUUUUUCUUGAAUUUGAAGUCAAAGAAAGGGAGGCUUUUAUGAUCAACACAUUUUUGCAUCAAGGAUUGGGUUUUUUGGUUGCUCAUCCAAGAUAAAUCCAUUGCACAUAAAUGUGAAGAAGUUUAGUUUAAAAUUUGCUUUUGGAUCUGUUGUUGUGCCUGAGUUUGGGUUCAGUUUAGAGUUGUUUUUGUUUUCUUAAUUCAUUUGGGUUUGACCCUUUUAAUUUUUAUUAGUUUUCGGGUCGAGGCCUGCUAGGGUUGGAGAUUUUAGUUUUGGGUUUAGGGGGUUGAGAAAUACCUACUCAACGCUUCUGUUCGUGGUUCAAUCAUGAUUCAAUUCAGUUUACAGGUCAAAUAGUGUAACUUCUUUUUCCGUUUCGAUUUAAAUAACCAUGAAAAAUGGACAUCGUACUUUUUACUAA